AUGCCGAAGAUGAAGAACGGAUUGUUUUCGAUGAUUUUGAUGUCAGUAUUGUUCUUUUCCCUCACAUCCGGGAUGACGAUAGGCAGCGAUCCGAUCAGUGAAUACACAAUGGAAAUCAUCGAGAAUAUGGAAUCACUGCUGAAUACCGGGGCGAUCAUUUACAUAUCGGGAAGGCCGAAUGACUCGAUUAGUACUUAUGAGGUGCGUUUGGGAGUGGACGAGAUGACCGGCUUGAGAAUCCAAUAUGAAUAUGUGCCAGCGAAUGGAUCAUUUCCACCACAAGACAUUUUGAGAUUUGGGGAUGAUAUGAAACAAGAACUCCAAAAGGACGGCAAAAUUUAUGCGAUGGAUCGAACGGGAACGGCGGUGACAAGCUCGUUGACCACAGAGAAUCACAUGAUAUUUAUACGUGUUCUCGACUCGCAAUACUCAAUCUAUUUCACGAAUGGGAAAAGUCUUUGGAAUAUCUUCAACUAUCCCUUCACUUUUCCCAUUCAAAAUGUCAACUCGAUCGGGCUGCGCGGAGGGUUUUUAUUGAGAAAUUAUCAACACUGGAAUCAGUCAAUGAUCACCCCGACCACUUUUCGUUUCCCUACACAGGACAAUAUUUUCCCGAAUGGGAUGACCGUUUGCGUGGUUGUGGACAGCGGAAUGGGCACGAAUUUCACGAUCGAUUUGUUGGGAACGGGCACGACGGUGAACUUUCGAUGGUCAAUGGAUAUACCAAAUCAACAGUACGUGAUCAGCAACAACAUUAGCGGAACUUGGACAACACAGGGCACAUCGGUUGACUGCGGGAUACCGGAGAUUCCAUUUGAUUCAAAUCAAAUCAUGGACGUGGUCAUCUCGAAUACGACACCGGCUUUAUCGGUUUUCGUUCAAAUCGCCGGCUUCAACUACACUUGCCCAUCAUUUUUUGUUCACUAUCCGACCAUCGACAAAAACGUCGGCUAUCAUUCGGUGGUUGUCGAUGGAGAUAUUCAACCGUUACAUGUGGCGAUGAUUUACACAUUG